GAUGAAAUCCGGCUGGGCUUCGCGGCUUUUUGGCGGGUUAAAGGUUUUGUCAGUAUUUUACUUGUUAUUUGAAAGAUUUAACAAAACGUGAGGAUGGGAGAUAAAGACGGCGAAACAUUCGACGAUGCCGUGGAGGAAAGAGUUAUCAACGAAGAAUACAAAAUAUGGAAGAAAAAUACUCCCUUUUUAUACGACCUCGUGAUGACACACGCUCUCGAAUGGCCUUCCCUGACUGCUCAAUGGCUGCCCGACGUAACCAGACCAGAGGGAAAAGAUUACUCUGUGCACCGUCUUAUUUUGGGUACACAUACCUCAGAUGAGCAGAAUCAUUUGCUCAUCGCUAGCGUUCAAUUGCCAAACGAAGAUGCUCAGUUUGACGCGUCGCAUUACGACAAUGAGAAAGGUGAAUUUGGUGGAUUUGGGUCGGUUAGCGGGAAGAUAGAGAUCGAAAUAAAGAUAAAUCAUGAAGGAGAAGUAAACAGGGCACGGUACAUGCCGCAAAAUCCUUGUGUUAUCGCCACCAAGACACCUUCCAGCGACGUUCUCGUCUUCGAUUACACAAAACAUCCUAGUAAACCGGAUCCGAAUGGCGAGUGUCAACCUGACCUGAGACUGAGGGGACAUCAGAAGGAAGGCUACGGCCUGUCGUGGAAUCCCAACCUCAACGGAUAUUUGUUAAGCGCGUCCGAUGAUCACACGAUCUGUUUGUGGGACAUUAACGCGCCGCCGAAAGAAAAUCGUGUUAUAGACGCGAAAACGAUAUUCACCGGCCACACCGCUGUCGUCGAAGAUGUGGCAUGGCAUUUGUUGCACGAAUCUUUGUUCGGCUCGGUGGCGGACGACCAGAAGUUAAUGAUUUGGGACACAAGGUGUAACAAUACAAGCAAACCAAGUCAUACGGUCGAUGCUCAUACCGCGGAAGUGAAUUGUUUAAGUUUCAAUCCAUACUCAGAGUUCAUCCUCGCGACCGGAAGCGCUGAUAAAACGGUAGCACUCUGGGAUCUGAGAAAUCUGAAGCUGAAACUCCAUUCUUUCGAGUCUCAUAAGGACGAAAUCUUUCAAGUUCAGUGGUCGCCGCAUAACGAAACUAUACUGGCAAGUAGCGGUACGGAUAGGCGUCUGCAUGUAUGGGAUCUCAGUAAGAUUGGCGAAGAACAGUCCAGCGAAGAUGCCGAAGACGGUCCACCCGAGUUGCUGUUUAUACACGGUGGCCAUACCGCCAAAAUCAGCGAUUUUUCAUGGAAUCCAAACGAACCGUGGGUCAUAUGUUCAGUGUCGGAAGAUAAUAUAAUGCAGGUGUGGCAAAUGGCAGAAAACAUUUACAACGACGAAGAACCGGACACGCCUGCGAGCGAACUCGAAGCUGGUGCUUCAUAAUGCGUAAGAACUAAUCAAUUAAAUUAUUUGAUCAUGAAACUUUCCAAGGAUCCAUGCGGUCUCACCCACGUGAAAUCGAUCAUUCGUGCUCUAGUGUAAGGAAGACGUUAAUAUGAAUUUGUACGUUAAAACGAAAAGAACAUCAGGAAGCAAUAAUGUCUAUUUUUACUACCGAUCUUGACGCCCGUUUAUACAUACACUCUAAGAUCGUUAAGGUACAGAUUGGAGAAGGCUUCUCCGAACGCAGCUGCAAUUCCUCCGCAUUCGUUGGGCUCGUCUAAUUCCAUCAGGCUGUUCCCUGCUGAAAUAUACACACGUGAUGGUAGACAAGAGCGUGUCUCAGUUGAUGCUCUAUGCCUUUGGCGUCCCGUAUUGUAGGUAUUAAAAAAUUAAUCGUGGUCUCGCGAUCGCGUUAAAUUCGACUGUUUUCAAUAAAGGAUAAACGACACA